AUGUCCGGUCCUGCGAGAUGCGCUUACAUAUCAGGUCGAUCUGGCGGAGUCUCCAGAACAGCUAGCCGAGUUGAAGAAGACGGCAUUGACGAGCUGCUGGAAGCAAUCGUACAGCAGCUGCCUCCGCCAACAGUGAAAGACAGUCCGGGGGCUCUUCUUAAGGCAUUGGUGUUUGACAGUUUCUAUGACGCUGCAAAAGGCGUGGUCUUAGUUGCUGUAAUCAGAGUCGGGUACAUAUGUAGCAACUUACGGGGGACUUCAGACGUUCACGUAGGAGACACUCUCUGUCUUUCCCAGUCUCCCACACCGCCCUUCCCCGGGUUCGAACCGCCUAAGCGCCUGGUCUACGCUGGGGUGUAUCCAGAAGACCCUAGCGAAUACGAAAAACUCAAGGUGUCUCUACAGCGUCUGAUGUUGACGGACGCCGCAGUAGAGGCGCAACCGGCGGUCUCACAGGCUCUGGGCCCGGGCUUCCGCUGCGGCUUCUUGGGCGCUCUGCACAUGGAGGUCGUUCACCAGCGACUCGAGGCGGAGUUCGGACAGCGGACGUUGCUGACUUCUCCUGGAGUUACGUUCUUCGUUGAGACACCAGAUGGUCGCCGUCUCCCCGUCGUAAGCCCUGCGGAGCUGCCUAAGGGUUGCCGAGAGCUACUGGAGCCGAUGGCAAAUCUCACGGUUGUUGCGCCGAUGGAGUUUAUGGCUGCUAUCGACCGACUGGCCUUUGACCGGAGAGGUGAACGCCUCGAGUGCCACAUCUUGCAGCAACAGCACCAGCAAAUGAUGCUACAGCGCUAUUGUGCAACUGCUGUUCGUCUGGUGUACAAACUCCCUCUGGCGGAGAUCCUGGUGGACUUCGCCGACAAGCUGCAGAGCGUUACAAGCGGUGCGGCCACCUUCGACGUAGAGGAUGCAGGCAAGUGCCCGCUGCGAUCGCUGCUGCUGCCGCUGCUGCCGCUGCUCUUCCCAGUACCACUGCGCCACUGCGCCGCUAAUUGCUUGCCUAGGCACCGUUCGGCGCGUCUCGGUUGCAUUGACUGGGGGAACGGGGCAGCGUGCUUGGGGUGGUACGAACUAUCGAAAGUGUCGAGCGUCUGCUUCUUGGUGAAUGGAGAGCCUGUCGACGCCUUAGGCCUACUUGUUCAUCAUUCCAGAGCGAAGGAAGUGGCGGUUCGCCUUACGGAGCAGCUUGGAAAGGCGAUUCCGGCGCAGCAGUUUGAAGUUGCAGUACAGGGGACAGUGAAUGGUCGUAUUACAGCUCGUGCCACAGUGAAGGCUCUGCGGAAAGAUGUGACGGCCAAGUGCUACGGGGGCGACGUCACCCGGAAGCUGAAGCUCCUCAACAAGCAGAAGGCAGGGAAAAAGAAAAUGAAGGCCAUUGGGAAUGUUCAUAUUCCCUCUAAAGCCUUCUUAGGCCUCCUCAAACUCAAAGACUGA